AUUUUUUUUCAUAUAUUUCCCCCUCUUCUCUUUAUUUUCUUCAAUCUCUUCAUAUUCGAAGAAUUGAAGCCAAAAUGCCGAGUUUCGAAGAUCCCCAGAUCCCCUUCAAGGUCCUCGUUUUGGGCGGCUCUUACGCCGGUCUUGCAGCGGCCCUAAAUCUUGUUGACCUCUGCCAUGGUCGACGCUGUCGAUUCGACGUCGAUGCAGCCGGAGAGGGACCUGGAAAGACAAUCCCAGUGCAGGUCACUAUAGUAGACGAGCGUGAUGGAUACUACCAUCUGAUCGGUAUUCCCCUCGCUAUAGCUUCCCAGAAAUGCGCCGAAAGAUUCUGGAGCAAAUACACGGAUAUCCCUGCCCUCCAAACAUCAGACAUUCGCUGCGUGCAAGGGAGUAUCGGGUCCAUCGACUGCCAGUCUAAAACCGCUACAAUCAACACAGCCAAGGGCUCUAUUCACGAGCCAUAUGACUACCUCAUCACCUGCACAGGAUUACGACGUGACUGGCCCAGCACGCCACGCUCCUUCACCAAGGAGAAGUAUCUCGCUGAAACAGCGGAGGGUCUCUCUCGCCUAGACGAUGCGUCACAGGGCGUUGUCGUAAUCGGUGGCGGAGCCGUCGGGAUCGAAAUCGCAUCGGAGCUAAAGACACUUCACCCCCAUCUCAAAAUCACUCUUAUCCACUCCCGCUCCGCGCUUCUCUCCUCCGAGCCCCUCCCCGAUGAAUUCCGCUCCAGGGCACUCGAACUCCUCCGCUCCUGCUCUGUUGACCUCCUCCUUGGCGUUCGCGUCGGCUCUACUACCCAAGAACCCGGGAAGGCCGGGUACACACUGACUCUCUCCGAUAACACCACCAUCAACGCUAGCUAUGUCAUCAACGCUGUCUCGCGUUCCACACCAACCGCACCCCGGUACCUUCCUGCGUCUGUUUGCGAUGAGCAAGGGUAUGUGCGGAUCACGCCUCAAUUACAGUUCGAUGAUGCGUCCCUUCCCAAUGCAGGAGAUCACUAUGCCGCGGGAGAUAUUGCACGGUGGUCCGGUAUUAAGCGCGCUGGAGCAGCGAUGCACCAGGGUCAUUAUGCUGCAAGAAACAUCCACCAGAAAAUGAUGCAGAAGGUGUACGGUAAGGAGCCUGAGUUUGUGACAAUCGCAGAGGUAGAACCGAUGAUGGGAUUGGCCGUGGGUGAAACAGCUGUUGGUUAUUUCCCGGCCACGGGGUUGUCGGAGGGAGAGACUGUCAGGCAGAUGUUUUUCCAGGACGAUUUGGGCUUCAUGACGUACGAAGUGCGAAAAAGAGGUCGGAUGACCAAUAGCUUCAUCGCGGAAGGCAUUGUUAACACGCUCAAUGAUAAGUGGCACUGA